AUGCUGCCCUUUGGGCUUUCCGUCCGGCCCGACGCCAUAUUGUUUGAGGCCCGGAACAUGAAGAUGGGCGAGGGCGGGUCGCCGGGGGGCGCGGGCGGCGGCGGCGGGGCGCGGCUGUCGCACACGUCGGAGAAGCAUCCGCGCGCCAUCCUCGGCGAGCUGUCCGCGCUGCGCCGACACCGCGAGCUCUGCGACGUCGUGCUCAACGUCGCCAACAGAAAGCUCUUCGCACACCGAGUGAUCCUGUCAGCAUGCAGCCCGUACUUCCGCGCGAUGUUCACGGGCGAGCUGGCGGAGUCGCGCGCCACCGAGGUGACCAUCCGGGACGUGGACGAGCAGGCCAUGGAGCAGCUCGUCGAGUUCUGCUACACCGCACACAUUGUAGUCGAAGAGAGCAACGUACAGGCGUUGCUCCCCGCGGCGUGCCUUCUCCAGCUCCAAGAGAUCCAGGACGUGUGCUGCGAGUUCCUGAAGCGCCAGCUGGACUGCUCGAACUGUCUCGGCAUCAGAGCCUUCGCCGACACACACUCUUGCCGGGAACUGCUACGGAUCGCGGACAAAUUCACACAACAAAACUUUCCUGAAGUGAUGGAAAGUGAAGAGUUCCUAUUACUGCCGGCGGCGCAGCUGAUCGACAUCGUGUCCUCAGACGAGCUCAACGUGCGCUCGGAGGAACAAACCUUCCAAGCUGUGAUGUCCUGGGUCAAAUAUAAUGUGGCUGAGAGAAGACAACAUUUAGCCCAGGUCCUACAACAUGUCCGCCUGCCUCUACUAAGUCCUAAGUUCCUCGUGGGGACAGUAUCGUCAGAACUGUUGAUUCGGUCAGACGAUGCGUGUAGGGACUUGCUAGACGAAGCCAAGAACUAUUUAUUGCUGCCUCAGGAGCGACCACUCAUGCAGGGACCUAGAACCCGACCUAGGAAACCUACGAGAAGAGGGGAAGUGCUGUUCGCGGUGGGCGGGUGGUGCUCGGGCGACGCCAUCGCGUCGGUGGAGCGGUUCGACCCGCAGACGUCGGAGUGGAAGAUGGUGGCGCCCAUGUCCAAGCGGCGCUGCGGCGUGGGCGUGGCCGUGCUGCACGAGCUGCUGUACGCCGUGGGCGGCCACGACGGCCAGAGCUACCUCAACAGCAUCGAGCGGUACGACCCGCAGACCAACCAGUGGUGCGGCAGCGUGGCGCCCACGUCGUCGUGCCGCACGUCCGUCGGCGUGGCCGUGCUGGACGGCGCGCUCUACGCCGUCGGCGGCCAGGACGGCGUGCAGUGCCUCAACCACGUCGAGCGGUACGACCCCAAGGAGAACCGCUGGACCAAGGUGGCGGCCAUGACGACGCGGCGGCUGGGCGUGGCGGUGGCGGUGCUGGGCGGGCAGCUGUACGCGGUGGGCGGGUCGGACGGGCAGGCGCCGCUGAGCUCGGUGGAGCGCUACUGCCCGCGCAGCAACAAGUGGACGGCCGUGGCGCCCAUGUCCACGCGCCGCAAGCACCUCGGCUGCGCGGUCUUCGACGGACAGAUCUACGCCGUCGGCGGCCGCGACGACUGCACCGAGCUCUCCUCCGCAGAGAGGUACGAGCCUCACACAGACACGUGGUCCCCGGUGGUGGCGAUGACGUCCCGGCGCAGCGGCGUGGGGCUGGCCGUCGUCAACGGACAGCUCUACGCCGUCGGGGGAUUCGACGGCACCGCCUAUCUCAAGUCUAUUGAAGUAUUUGACCCAGAAUCGAAUCAGUGGCGAUUGUGUGGCGCGAUGAACUACAGACGGCUCGGCGGCGGCGUCGGCGUCAUGCGGGCGCCGCAUCACGAUAACCAUUAUAUUUGGAACAGAAAAGACUCAGUGGUGUGA